UUCGACCUCAUGGACUCCAGCUCCGAGUUCAUCUCCUUGGAGCCCCCCUCGCUCAGCAGCCGCCGCAUCUGGACGCGCUCCGGGGCCGCCUCGGCCGCUGCCAGGGCCUCGGGAUCCAGGGGGACCAGGAGAGCCGACGAAGCCGAAUUUUCCUCUGGCAAAAUUGAAUGUUUUAAUGGACACUGUUUAAGAUCAAUGAGAAAAAACAUGCCACCCUGUUCAGACUCUAGCUUUGACAAAAGCAUGGAAAUAUUAAGUGAAAAUGUCAAUCGAAGACACUUUACGAGGCAGUUGGCAAAGCCGAAAUCAGACAAAAAAAAGGAAGAAUAUAAAGAAGUCACCAGAACGCUGAAGACCAGAGCUGAUGCAAAAGCUGAAGAACAAGUCCAUGAAGAAAAUGGGGAUUUGGAGGUCCGCCGAAGCUGCAGACUUCGACAAAGUCGUUACACCACUACAAAUCAAUCUGUUUUGUUUGACAAACUUAUAACAAAUACUGCAGAAGCAGUCUUGCAAAAAAUGGAUGACAUGGAGAAGAUGCGUAGACGGCGAAUGAUGGAAGACCUUGGGGUGUUCCACGAUGCAGAAGAAGAAAAUCUUGAUAUGUACUCCCGAGGAAAGAAAGAAAUCCAAAGAGGUGACAAAGAAAUAGCUGAUAAUCAAGGUGGCAUUGUAGUAGUUUCAUCAGAAGAAAGUGAAGAGAAAGAAGAUGAUGAUGGUGAAGACACUCGAAAGCGUUAUGACUUUCGACAGAGGAAAACUGUUGAGCGCUAUCAGGCUCCAUUGGAAAAACCAAGACAACGUAAGAUAUAUUUUUCGGGCCGGUCUUCACCUGUCAGGCAGAGAUACUCAUUUAGAAGUGCUCAGUCACAAGGCUCUUGCUGCAAAAGAACUAACAGACGGAGACACGCAGUCCACAACAGUGAUUCCACAUCCUCUUCCUCAUCGUCCUCAUCUGAUGAUGAAGAGCAUUUCGAGAGGCGUAGGAAGCACAGCCGUAACAGAGAUUUAAGAAGGUGUCUUCCACUAAACUUUCGGAAAGAUGAGUUAAAGGGAAUUCACAAGGAUCGAAUGAAAAUUGGAGCAAGUCUGGCUGAUGUUGAUCCAAUGCAAAUAGAUUGUUCAGUACGAUUUGAUGGUGUGGGUGGUCUUUCUGACCACAUUUCAGCUUUAAAAGAGAUGGUCGUUUUUCCAUUGCUUUACCCAGAAGUCUUUGAGAGAUUCAAAAUUCAACCUCCAAGAGGCUGUCUAUUCUAUGGUCCACCAGGGACUGGAAAGACACUGGUUGCUCGUGCACUUGCUAAUGAAUGUAGCCAAGGUGACAGGAGAAUAGCCUUUUUUAUGAGAAAAGGUGCCGACUGCCUGAGUAAAUGGGUGGGGGAAUCUGAACGACAGCUUCGUUUAUUAUUUGAUCAGGCCUACCAAAUGCGACCUUCAAUUAUUUUCUUUGAUGAGAUAGAUGGUCUUGCUCCUGUGCGGUCCAGUAAACAAGACCAAAUUCAUAGCUCUAUUGUAUCAACACUUCUGGCACUUAUGGAUGGCUUAGACGGCAGAGGAGAGAUUGUGGUAAUCGGAGCCACCAACAGACUGGAUUCCAUAGAUCCUGCUUUACGAAGACCCGGACGCUUUGAUCGAGAGUUCCUCUUCAGCUUGCCAAAUAAAGAGGCUAGAAGAGAGAUUUUCAAGAUUCACACACGAGACUGGACUCCUAAGCCAUUGGACACGUUUCUUGAAGAGCUAGCUGAAAAAUGUGUUGGAUACUGUGGUGCUGAUAUUAAAUCCUUAUGUGCUGAAGCUGCCCUCUGUGCUUUGCGCCGCCGCUAUCCUCAGAUAUACAAAAGUAGCGAGAAACUGCAGUUAGAUAUCGCUUCUAUUAAAAUAACAGCAAAGGAUUUUGUCAUGGCUAUGCAGAAGACUGUUCCAGCUUCACAGAGGGCUGUGGCUUCACCUGGGCGAGCGCUAUCACCUAUUUCAAAACCACUGCUUGAAAACACACUAGCAAGAAUUUUACAAGCCUUGCAGAGAGUAUUUCCCCAUGCAGAGCUUGCACUAAAGAAGGACCAACAGCAAGACAGUUUAAGUCAUAUUUUAAGGAAUGAUGCAAUUGACAGUGAUGAGGAGUCACCAUCAAUCUUCGAAGAUAAGCCAACGCAUAAAAUGGCUGAUAGCCAAAAGGAAAAAUUCCUCAAUUUUAGCAGAAACGCUUAUUACCAGCCAACGUCUUGCAGGCCACGGUUCUUACUAGUUGGAGAGCCAGGAUAUGGGCAAGCUUCUCAUUUGGCACCUGCAGUAAUACAUGCCCUGGAAAAGUUUCCAGUUUAUACACUAGACCUAUCGGUUUUGUUUGUUAGCAUCACAUCACCGGAAGAAACAUGUGCACAGUUGAUGCGAGAAGCUCAAAGAACAGCACCAAGUAUAAUUUAUAUCCCACAUAUCCAUUUGUGGUGGGAGGCUGUUGGAGCUACAUUGAAAGCUACUUUUACAACACUACUGCAGAACAUUCCAACAUUUGCUCCAGUUUUGCUGCUUGCAACAUCUGAUGUGUGUCAUGCAGAUCUCCCGAAAGAGAUAAAAGAAUUGUUUAUUAAUGAUUAUGAAGAAGUUUUCAAAAUCCAGUUGCCUAAUAAGGAAGAAAGAAGAACGUUUUUUGAGGACUUAGUUGUAAAUCAAGCUGCUAAACCUCCUGCAUCAAAAAACGCAGCUUGGCGGCCAUUGGAAAUACUGCCUGUAGCACCGCCGCCUAAGCCUCGACAGCUGACGGAGGAAGAAAUAAGACAGCUGGAGGAGCAGGAGGAGGAUACGUUGCGUGAACUUAGGAUUUUCUUAAGGGAUGUGACUCAUAGACUUGCUGUUGACAGACGUUUCAGAGCAUUUACAAAGCCUGUUGACCCAGAGGAGGUACCCGAUUAUGACGCAGUUAUUAAACAGCCCAUGGACCUUUCAGCAGUUCUCUCUAAGAUUGACUUGCACCAGUACCUAACUGCAGGAGAUUUUCUAAAAGACAUCGAUCUAAUCUGUAGCAAUGCUUUAGAGUACAACCCAGAUAAAGAUCCUGGAGAUCGUCUCAUUAGGCACAGAGCUUGUACUUUGAGAGAUACUGCGUACGCCAUAGUGAGGGAAGAAAUGGAUGAAGAUUUUGAACAACGCUGCGAAGAAAUUCAAGAAUCUCGUAAGAAAAGAGGUUGUAGCUCUUCAAAGUAUGCUCCAUCUUACUACUGUGUAAUGCCAAAGCAGAACUCUGUUCCUGGGUGUAAGAAAACAGACCCGAAGUGUAAUGAAAAAACGAAGAUGCCAGCAGCGCCUGUAGAUUCCAGUACGCCCCGCUCUAACGAUGUGUCAAAAAGAAAACGCAGAAAGAACAAAGGGUCUUCAAGUAUCGCAACAAAGAGGAGGAAUUUUCAGUUCAAUAAAGAGAAUAAAGUUCCGGAAGACCAAAAUGAAGUAGAGAGUGAUGAAGAGUCUCCAGAAAAACAUGUUUCUAACACGGACCGCACUGAAGUUGAGUCCACACAGGAUUCUUCUAUGGAAGAAAAUGAAAACGUACUUCAAGAACGACAGAAAAAUGGGAAUGAAAAUAAAUCUGGGACAGAAAAUGAAAGAGAGAGAGUUCUCCUUGUGGCGAAAUCUGCUUCUGAAAAGAAGAGUGUCAUGCUUCCUGAACAUUCAGACCUAAGAAAGGACUUGAGUGAAAUGCCAGAUUGCCAAAUAGCAGAAAGUUCUGAAGACGGAGAUUCAAAUGAUUCUUGGGUACACCGUAUGACUCGUGCGAGACGCUCUCGGGUAGAAGAGCAACAGGUGAUAUGUGUCGAGAAAGCAAUGGAAAUUCUCACACAGCCAGUGAUUGUGGAUUACUAUGAGCUCAAACAACUGUUGCAUUUUGUCACUGUGAUAACUAAGAACUUCAAUAUAUUUCACUUGGAAAAACUAUAUGCUGUUCUUAGUCAGUGCAUUUACCAACAUCGAGAAGAUUACGACAAAACUGAAUUAGUAAAGGAAAUGAAGAAAGAAAUUGCAGCCUUCAGUUAUGCUCAGUGAUACUUGAUUCCAGCAUACUUGACUUCUACUCUGUAAUGUUUUCUUUUUAUUGCAUGCUGUUAUCUGUGCAUAAUUCAAUAAAGAUUACUUCUACAUAUAUAUUUAUACAUAUAUUAAACAAAUAUAUCUUAAAAUUUAUUAAGAAAGCUCAAAUAAAGUCCUUUAACUGCUUUUAUUUGAUAUUUUUGUCCUCUCUCUCUAUAUUUUUGUGACAUACUGCUUUGAUUGCCUUUGGAACGCUGUAGAUCUGAACAUCUCCCAGAUAAUUUCAGUACCUCUCUAAAAAGAAAACGAUCGAACACUUGAUAAAUUUUUAUCAUUGUUUUCCAGCUUGUGGGAAUACAUUUUUCUGAAGUAGUCUGUGGUGCUGUAUAGUCCCUUGCAUAUUACAUAAAGGUUUUAAACCAAAUCUCAUUUUGGUAUAUGAAAAGUAAAUCCUUUAGAAACCUCUUAAUGCAGUUCAGAGGUAAUUUUUUUUUAAUUACCUGAUAGCACCUCAAGUGGUUUUCAUAGAAUUAACAACCUAAAGAAAGUAUGUGGGAGAAACACUCUUUCCACAAACAUAAGAACUUUUGCUAUGGCAUAUUUUUGCCUGUCACAAAAACCUAACUUGAAACAAAGCAAGAUUUACAACUGUAACUUUCUAAGGUAAAGUUUAGUCUUGCUUGUAGUAAUGACAAUCUUCUUGAUACUACAGAAUAGCAUUUUAAUAUAAAUUGUUAUUUCCAGGUCAGGUGGCUUGUAGUUGAAUUAAAUUGUAAAUAGUUUUCUAGUUAUGUAGAGAGAAUUGUAUCUGUUUAUUACAUAAAAGUGAAUAUAUUGUUGGUGAUAAAUAUAUUUAAGUAAAAUCAAAGCAAUACCCUGUUUUGAAGAUGUAUGCCUCUUCAAACCAGCAGAGAAAAUUUCUCUCAGUUAAUUUGACAGUUAUUUGUUUAAAAACUGAUAAGAUAGGCAAAGUUUAGUUUUAUGAGAAUAAAAUUUUAUAUCAGUUGCGAUAAAAUAACAUGGCAUGAUACACUGCUGUUGUGUUACGUCACCUCAUGUGCACAACGUCUGGUGAUGCUGAAUGCCUAACUGUGCAAUCCUUCUGUUUGUGUUUGGUUUCUUAUGUAUGUUUUAGGGUUUUUUGUUUCUUUCUAGUGUGUUUGUCCAAACAUUUGUGUACUAUGCAGAAGAAAAAAUUCUAUCUGUAUUGUUUGGAUGGGUAUUAAUAAAAAAUGAAUCACCUUU